AUGACAAGGGCUAUUGUCAAUGACAUAGGCGAUUCUUUAUUUUCAAUUUUGGUUGAUGAGGCUUGUGAUAUUUCUAUGAAAGAACAAAUGACAGUUGUUUUGAGGUUUGUUGAUAAAAGUGGGCAAGAUGCCAUUGAUGCAAUAUUUUCUACACAUGGGUUGAGCAUAUUUAACCUGGGAGGUCAAGGUUAUGAUGGAGCAAGUAAUAUGUCAGUUGUUACUGUGUCACGCAGAAAUUUUAUGCUUUCUGAAUUUUUCAACAUGGUUGCUAUUAUUGUAAAUUUGGUUGGUGCAUCAUGUAAGCAUAUAGAUGCUCAUCGAACAAGUUAUCAUUCUAAUUUUCUAGAAAGGCUUAAUAUCGGGAAACUUUCAGGUGAAACUGACGAUCUUUCACAAGCCUUACAGAAAAAGGAUAAGGAUAUUCAUAGUGCUAUGAGGUUAUUUAAUUUGUGUAAGUGUGCAUUGCAGAACCCGAAAGACAAUGAUUGGGAUAUUUUGUUGAGUAGGGUGAUUGAGUUUUGUGUUGAUAGACAUAUUUUAGUGCCCGAUAUGGAGAAUAUUGUGGUAGUGAAAGGUCAACCUAGGCAUGCAGCUCAGCAGGUGACUUAUUAUCAUCAUUUUUAUGUUGAUUUGUAUUGUCAUGUGAUAGACUUAAUCUUGCAAGAGUUGAAUGAUCGUUUUCCAGAAACAACUAUUGAGCUCUUUAGUUGCAUUUCGUGUUUAAGUCCAAGAGAUUCAUUUGCAGCUUUUGAUAAGGCUAAAUUGCUACAUCUUGCUCAGUUCUAUCCUUUGGUCUCCAAUAAUGAAGAUCUUUUAUUACUUAGACCUCAACUUGACAAGUUUCUUAUGCUUGUGAGAAUGGAUGAAGCUCUUUAA